AUGUCAGAUCCUAACUCCCCCUCUGUGAGUGAACAAAAAAAUUUUGUUUGCUCACGAGGAGGUUAAUUUUUUUUGUUGGUUUAGUUUUAAAAAAAUCCAAUUCGAAACACACUUUUUUGCAAAUAUUAAUAUAAUUUAUAAAUUUGCGUUUUAAAAUGCAAGCUGUUUAAAAUUAAACAGAAUAAGCUAGACAUUUCAUUAUAAUAACUAUCACUUAUAUAUCAAUUAAAAUAUUUUUGUUCGCCUUCGGAGGGUGGGUUUUUGGGCAAAAACAGGGAUUUUUCCAAUGGUUUUGUUCGCUCACUAUAGCGAGGGAGUAAGAAAAAGAUUAUAAAGAAAGGUAGUGAGCCUACAGAAUUUGAGUACCAUGUCGCCCAAACUCUUGGAGAGAUAGAAGCUUCAUCAGCCGAUCUCAAAGGUGAGCUUCGCGAUGUAAUGAUUACAGGAGCAACUGAAUUCGAAGGAAAAUUCAGAGGAGCAGUCCGCCAAGCAGUUAUCAUUAUGUUCCAUUACAGAUCCCUCCUGCUUCAUAAGGUAAUACAAAUAUUUUAAUAUUAAAAAAUAGUAAAAAUAAUUUUAUUAUAAUCUUUAGAUCCCUAAAAGCUGUGAAAUCAAUUCAUGCACGCUUACUAGGAGAGCUGGAAAAAAGAUUCAGAAGACCAGUGGCUAUUAUCUUCACAAGAACAAUCUUACCAAAAUACCUAAAAUCAAAAGGACAACAGAAACGUCCUUAUUCAAGAACUCUUACAGCUGUCCAUGAAGCCAUUCUUGAUGACUUAGUUUACCCAGCCGCAAUUAUGGGUAAAAGAAUGAGAAUAAAGACCGAUGGAAAAAGAGUCUUCAAAGUCCUCCUUGACCCUCACGACAGAGAAAAACUCGAAGAAAAACUCGAUACUAUUAGUGCUGUCUACAGCAAAUUAACAAACAAAGAACUUGUAUUUGAGUUUCCUCUCAGCAGAGAAUUCCCAGUUUAA